UUCAUUCCUAGUAAUAAACAGCAGUACAUGGUACCAGGAAAUGAUACACAAAGUUCAGAAUUUCUUCUUCAAGGAUUAUCAGUGGAAGCAGAACAGCAGUCACUCAUAUUUGGAAUUUUCCUCUCCAUGUACCUGAUCACUGUGUUUGGAAACCUGCUCAUCAUCCUGGUUGUCAGCUCAGACUCCCACCUCCACACCCCCCUGUACUUCUUCAUCUCCAACCUGUCCUUUGUAGACAUCUGUUUCACUUCCACCACCAUCCCAAAGAUGUUAACAAAUAUACAGACCCAGAGCAAAGUUAUAUCCUAUGAAGGGUGCAUCACCCAGAUGUAUUUUUACAUACUCUUUGCAGCAUUGGAUGAUUUUCUUUUGACAGUGAUGGCCUAUGACCGCUUCUUGGCCAUCUGCCACCCCCUGCACUACAUGGUCAUCAUGAACCCAUGGCUCUGUGGAUGGCUGGUGCUGCUGCCCUGGGUCAUUAGUGCCCUGCUUUCCCUGUUAGAAAGCUUACUGGUGUCACAGCUGUCUUUCUGUACAGAGUUGGAAAUCCCCCACUUCUUCUGUGAAAUCAAACAGGUUGUCCAACUUGCCUGUUGUGACACUUUUGUUAAUGACACAAUUAUAUAUAUUACAGCAGUGCUCUUGGGUGGUGGUCCCUUGGCUGGUAUUCUUUACUCUUACUCUAAGAUAGUAUUCUCCAUACAUGGAAUCUCAUCACCUCAGGGGAAAUAUAAAGCAUUUUCCACCUGUGUUUCUCACAUCUCAGUUGUCUCCUUAUACUAUUGUUCGGGCCUAGGAGUAUAUCUUAGCUCAGCUGCUACCCACAACUCACACUCAAGUACAACAGCCUCAAUGAUGUACACUGUGGUCACACCCAUGCUGAACCCCUUCAUCUACAGUCUGAGAAAUAAAGACAUAAAGAGGGCUCUGAAAAGAUUCGCUCAGAUGGCAGUUAUAAAAUGGGAAAUUGUUCUGGGUCUGAAUAAGCAUCCUUGA